CCAGAAACGCACGGACGAACGCGCUUGCUCCGUAGCUCUAAAAAUAAUGUACUCGAAUACAUUACGUAUAGCGAUAUUACUGAUAAUACCAUUUAAUGUUAUUUCACUAAAUAUUCUAAGCAUAUUACCGUACCAUGGAAAGAGUCAUUUUUUUGUAUUUAAAGUGUAUUUACAAGAAUUAGCCAAACGAGGCCACAAUGUAACAGUGAUAUCACACUUUCCACAAGAUGACCCGCCGAAGAAUUAUCAUGACAUAAGUUUAGCGGGAAGUAUCGAUGCUAUUGAAGAUAAUUUACCGUUUCAUAGAUCAUUCUUUAGUAUUCUGGAAGUUGGUAUAUAUUUAACGAACUCAGGAAAAGUGAAUUGUGAUAUAAUGCUAGCUAAUAAAGAUGUACAAAAACUUGUUAAAGAUAAACCAAAGUUUGACGUUAUUGUUGUGGAACAGUUUAACAGUGAUUGUGCUUUGGGUAUAGCUUAUAAGCUACAAGCGCCCGUCGUUGGUAUAAUGUCGCACAUUUUAAUGCCAUGGCAUUACAACAGAUUCGGUAUUCCGAACAACCCAUCGUUCGUUCCCUUCCACUUUCUGGAAGGGGGAACGAAACCUACGCUAUUACAAAAAAUUCAAAUAACUAUUUUAGAUGUUUAUUUUAAAACAAUGUUUUAUAUAUUUAGUCAGAGAAAUAAUCAGCAAACACUUGCGCAAUAUUACGACGACAUACCUCCCUUAGAAGAUUUGGCUAGAGAAAUUAAAUUUUUACUUAUAUAUCACAAUUUUAUUUUAACUGGUUCAAGACUAUUCCCAGCUAAUGUCAUUGAAGUGGGUGGCUACCAUGUAAAGGAAACAAAACCCUUAACCGGAGAUUUGCUGAAAUUCAUCGAAGAAGCAGAACAUGGUGUAGUAUACAUUAGUUUUGGCUCUGUCGUCAGAAGCUCUACAAUGCCAGAAGAUAAGGUCAAAGCUGUUUUAGAAGCAAUCGCAGAACUCCCACAGAGAUUUAUAUGGAAAUGGGAAAAUGAAAAUAUGUUAUUGAACAAAAAUAAACUUUAUCUUUCAAACUGGUUGCCACAGGUGGAUAUAUUAGGACAUCCCAAAACUUUAGCAUUCCUAUCACAUGCUGGGAUGGGCAGUACGACAGAAGCAAUACAUUUUGGAGUGCCAAUGGUAGCAAUGCCUGUGAUUGGUGAUCAGCCAGCUAAUGCCGCUGCUAUCGAAGAAAGUGGACUUGGAGUACAGCUACAGAUCAAAGACUUAACGAAAGAUAAUCUAGUCACUGCCUUUAAAAAGGUUUUAGAUCCGACGUUCCGAAAAAAUGCAAAAUUAUUAUCAAAGGCAUGGCAUGACCGCCCCAUGCCUCCUCUGGAUACAGCAAUUUACUGGACAGAAUUCGCUGCCCGUUAUCCUAACAUGACAUUUAGGACUGCUGCCGCUGAUAUACCUUGUUAUCAAUACUAUAAUUUAGACGUCAUUGGCAUUUUUGCUAUGGCAUUACUAUUAACAAUAUAUAUGUUAAAAUGUAUUGUGUUCGCGCUAUGUAGCAAAAACAGAAAAACAAAUAGCACAAACCAAGAACAUCCUAGCAAGAACAAAAACAAGAAAAGAUCUAAGCGUGAAUGAUCUUCUAAAGAAAUAACUAAUUAUUUAUAUAUGAUAUAUGAAGAAAUUACGAAGCCAAAAUAAGAUGAUGAAAUAGGAUUUAUCAUUAAUUAAGAAGUACGUAUUAGCAAAAUAUGUGACUUUAAAAAAGCCUAAUGAAACUUAAUUCAAUGGAUGCUGUAUUUUUUUACCUCGUAUAAAUUAUUUUUGGUAUGUAAUAAAGUAACAAAUAAUUA